CAACACUCCUGUUCGGAUCGUUGUAGAAAUAACGCACUGAACCACAUUGCCCCUUUUACAAUCUCAACACGGCACAAUAGUUAAUACAGUUGGGACGCGGCACCAGAGGAAAAUUUGUACAAUGUCUGUUGAACUGCAGUCCAAGGCCCCACCUGCUCCCAGCAAGGUGGACAACUCUAUUGUGAUGAACCAGACAGUAAUGGAACAACUGUACAAGCAAAGUUUAGAAGAGUCGGACUUCUGUGACAUAACAGUGUCCUUUGGAGAAGGGGACCACCAGCGCAGCAUGAAGGCCCAUUCUUGUGUGUUGGUACACAGUCCGUACUUCCAGUCAAUGUACAGAUGUGGUCUUCGGGAGAAACAACACGGAGAGGUUCAUAUAGGAAUUGGAAAGCCCGAGUUUGUAGAGAUGGUCCUGUUGUACCUAUACACAGGCAGAAUUGUUAUUGAUUAUUCAACCAUCAAGGACCUGCUUGAAGUAGUCGACUAUCUGCAGAUUGACAGUCUUAAGGUAGACUGUAGGAGAUAUCUCUACGAUGUUGAACUCACGGUGGAGAACUGCGUCUCCAUUUCCAACAUCGCUAGUUUGUACAAUCUGAAACCUAGCCCUGAUGUCUUGAAUUUUAUUAAAGCCCAUCUCCCUUACGUUUUGAACCAGUCAGAAUCAUUGCUGAUGUUGCCAGAUUUGGUUACUGCUUUUCUGUCUGACCCCACAUUGAGCUACGUUCCACGAGAGGACCUUUUCAAUUUUCUUAUAAAGUGGAUAGAAUUUGAUUCGGAAAAACGUACUAAGAACUUUGAAAGUAUGUUUUCGGCGCUUGACCUAACAUAUAUGACUCUUCCGUUUCUCAAGAGAGUUGUUAAGAGUUGUAAAUUUGUGAUAUCGUCUCCCAAGUGCUUUGGGAAAUAUUCCGAGGCGGAGCAGAUGUUAUUGAAUGAGGAUGUGGACAUAUAUCCAACUACAGAUGUUUUUUUUCUCGCUUGGGAAAAUGACUCUAAUGAGCUUGCUGUUGAUUUGUAUUCGAUUAAAGAAAACCGCUGGAUGCCAUUUCCACCAUUAAGUGGUGUAAAACAGGAGUCGGAUAUUGUUUGCACACUGAAUUGUAAAGGCGAUGAGUUAUAUGCUUUCAAAAUUUUUCUAGAAGUGGAUGACCCUCAUCCUGAUGGAGUGAUGGAAUUCUUUAAAUUAAAUCUGCAAUCUAAGCAGUGGUCUACUCAUUAUGUUAAAAUCGCAGACAAUGAUGAUUUAAAGAGUGAGAUGUGCAUUGGCGGUGUCUUAGCCAUAAAGGAAACAAAUGAAAUAUGCCUUUUGAUAACCGUUUAUGGCAAUAGACGCUACCAUGCAGUAGCUUAUUCGAUUUACUACGAUGAUGAAAUGACCCACAUUAUAUCCCAAACAAAAAUAUUUAGACCGUUAGACCAAUAUUGUCAUUUAGGCCUGUCCUGUUGCCUUGCAGAAGACCGCUACAUCUGCGUGUAUAUCUAUAACGUCGGACGUGAAUGUAAUAAAUUCUUUGUGAGGGAUAUUAAAAGUAUAAGCACCAACAGAGAAUUUUAUGAUUGUUCUACUGGGUCGUCCAAAGGAACAGUAAUAUUUCCUGUAGGUAAUAAAAUUUAUUUGUGGGACAUUUUGAGUUCCAGCAAUUCCCUUGGUGUAUUUUGCUUGGAAGAUCAAGAGUGGUCCGAACUUGAUAUCUCAAAACUUUAUACCCGUACAGAUGAUGGUAGAAUACUUGGCGUUGGGUUCGUUGAAGACAAGAUCUUUGCAUUAACGGAGAAGAUGUUUUAUGAUUCUGUAGCAAAUUGCUUUAUGUUUGAUUUUAAAUUCAUGAAAUGGAUGCGUCUCGCGCAACCACCAAAUCCUCUUUUCAUCGCGAAAGAUGGGUGUUCCGUUCUGUUUGCCAAACUUCCUAGCAAAUAUAUCCCAUGCCACGUUGGGUGUCCGCACUGCAAAUAUGCUGCAUCAAUUAAACCUCCUUCCGAGAGAUCAGAAUCUCCGUCCGAGUCGUCUGAAUGGAGUGAAGCUAGUGAAACUAAUGAGUGGGAUUGGGAUGAGGGUUCAGAUUAAGUAGUGCUUUCAAAACACAAUUUUGGUUGAUGCCAGCAUUUUAAUGCCCCCGAAGGAGGGUGUUUUAAAAUCACACCGUCCGUCUGUCCGUCCGUUUAUUUUCGAGCCAAGGCGUAACUUUGUCAUGAAAGGAAGACAUUUGAAAUUUCUUAGCACGUGUUUUCAGUACAUUAAGUAGACAAGGCCCACGUCCCUUCCUCAAGGUUAAGGAUACACUUGUAAAUAUAUGUAUUUAAUCCUGAUGCUAAUAUGCAUUUACAAAGAAGGUGGUCGUGUCCGGGCUGUUUCUUUGUCAGGCAGAUUUAAAAAAAAAAAGGCACAUAUGUUUAGUACAUAAAGACGACGUCUCGUAUGCAAAACCUACGACCCUACCUCAACAUUAUAGUUCUCACUUGGAGUCGAAUCAUUAUGGCAUGCACAUACAGUCCAUCUGGUCGUAUUUAGGCUGUAACUUUGUCAUGCAGUGAGGGAUUUUAAAAUAAAUUGGCACUUAUUUUGUACAUAUAGACGAUGUGUCGCAUGCAAGACCCAUUAAAGUGCAAUUAUAGCUUUGCAUAAACUUAUAUUAUGCCCCUGUAACUACUUUUGUAAGACAACAUUAGUUAUGAAUUGCCCAAUGAUUAUGAUUCAAAAUGGAAAAGAGUGGCACUAUUGUAAGUAAGGGUAACUAAAUAUGACUUCGUUAUGUUCAUUACGCUAUAUUUAUAGUUAUAACCCUAUUGAAUUAUUUUCUCAUAGACGUUGUGUUGAUUAACAUAAUGAAAUGGUAUGUUUAGCUCAAGUAAUUUUGAAUCAGUUCGCCAAUGUGUAUGCUUUUGUUAUUGCAGGAACUUUUUAUUGAUUUUGAUGAAAGACAUGUCACAUAAUUGUUUGAUACGUGUUAUAAUCACUAUUCCCUGUGCUUUAUUGACUAAACUAGGAAUAAAAAUAUUUUUCACUAUACUUUUGUUGCUACUUUGGCAAAAUAAAGAGCUUGAAACACUU